AUGAGAGCGGACUAUCGACGCGUCUGCUUACUUUCCUAUCCAUCUAACUGUUCAUUUGAAUUUGAUAUCUCUCUAUUUAUAUACCCAUCCAUCCAUCUAUCUAUCUAUCUAUCUAUCUAUCUAUCUCUUUCUGCUCAUUAUCUAUCUAUCUAUCUAUCUAUCUAUCUAUCUAUCUAUCUAUCUAUCUAUCUAUCUAUCUAUCUAUCUAUAUCCGUUUGCAGAUAUCUCAGUCUGCCCGUAUCUAUCUAUCUGUGUUUACAUGUAUCUAUCUAUCCCAGUCCGUUUAUAAUCUAUCUAUCUAUCUAUGUCAGUUUGAUCAUAUCUACCUCAGUCUGCUCGUAUCAUCUCUCUCAGUCUGUUCAUUAUCUAUCUAUCUAUCUAUCUAUCUAUCUAUCUAUCUAUCUAUCUAUCUAUCUAUCUAUCUAUCUAUGUCAGUUUGAUCAUAUCUACCUCAGUCUGCUCGUAUCUAUCUAUCUUCUCAGUCUGUUCAUUAUCUAUCUAUCUAUCUAUCUAUCUAUCUAUGUCAGUUUGAUCAUAUCUACCUCAGUCUGCUCGUAUCUAUCUAUCUAUCUCAGUCUCUUCAUAUAUAUCUAUCUAUUUUGGAAUACAAUGUAUUGUAUACAAUUUAUUAUUGAUUUCUGUAUUGUGAAUACACGUCUUUCCUUUUAUUUUUCAGGUUAUGAACAAAUGUCAUCGGGCGUUUCAAGUUUGGAUUGCCUUUCACUGAUUGUUGAGAGUAUUAGUCCCAAUGGACCGGCUUCCAUGCUGAACAACCUCAACACUUCGGAACGACCAUUAUAA